AUGUCGUCCAAGUCUUCCCUGUCGUUCGUCGACGCCGCCGCCGCCGCUGUCCGAGUCCUCAAAACUCACGGACAAUUCUCCUCAUCGCCGCACGCCACCCCGAGCGAAUUCAUCGCUGAAGCAACAGAUCGUCGUCCGCCGAGCGGUAUCAUAUGGUCUCGCCUGCUGGUGCCCACCGGCUCCACAUUUCGCUUUAUUUCCCCCGUCAACAACUCCCUUCGCGCUCGGGCUCUCCACGACCACACCUCAUCGCCGCAUUUCACGCCUCACUGCCCCAUUUCAUCCCUCAUCGCUGCAUUCCACGCUCACUAUUCGAGUCAAGCGUCGAAGCAACGUCCUAUUUCAUCCGCCGAGGGUCGAGCGGCGCGGUUCGACGCUUCAGGCGAAUUUACGGUGCGUGAUACCUCCCUCGAGCUCAUGCGGAAGACUGACGACGCUCUAGAUUGCCAUCUGUAUCUUUCCAAAACCUCCGACGUCUCGCGCUCAUCGUCUCCGCGUCGUCAUCAUGCCGUCGCGCUCACAUCUCUCUUCUCCUUCUGUGAGCAGCAACAUGGGCUCGCUCGUCAACCUCAACAACUCGUGCUCGACCUCGGUCUCGCCUUUGCCUCUGCUUCAAGUCUCCUUCUCUCGCUCGCCUCGCCUCGCCCGUCCUAUCGCUUCAAGCAUCACCUUCAGCCUCGCUUCAAGUCGCCUUCCAUCUCCCUUCGCCUCGCUUCUCGCCUGCCACCACCUAGCUCCCCGCCUCUCAUCUCCUCGCCUUUCGCCUCCCUUCGCCCCAUACUUCCUCAUGCUCCCCAAACCUCCUCGCUCUCCCCCGACCUCUCCGACGCGCUCCCGACAACACCCCGCCUCCCGGCGCCUUCUGAUCGAUACAGCAACAUAUUUUCGUCCGCCGAGCGACCUGAUGAGGUCUGGGCUCUCGUCUUUGGGUCUUCCCAUCAUCUUGGGACCUUGCAGUCUGCCGAGUGCUUCUCUGACUUCCCAAGUGCUGGGGUGAGCGCUCGGGGUCUUUACUGACGCCUCAAACGCUUCGGCGUGUCCUUGAGUGCUUUACUGACCUCCCGAGCACCUUGCUCGCCUCGUCA